AUUUACGCUCUCGCUCGGCUUGAUGCGAAAUAUGAAUAAGAUUAUGAUGCCGAUUGGCAACAGUUUGUUAAAUAUUUUGUGUUUAUAGCAUCUAAAAUAUCCUUUGGAUAUAGCUGAAACAUAGCGUUUGUUUACCUGUUUACGUAUUUCAUAAACAAAGUUAUUUGUAAAGUAUUAGAAUCAGUAAACAUAUUCUUUCAUUACAAUGAGCAAGAGGCGACGAGCGUCUUCAGUAGCCAGUCGUGGAGCUGAUGGUGAUGAAAGUGAUGAUGUAGAACUUAGCAACCCAGGACCACCGCCUACACGGAAGAGAAAGAAGUUGGAGCCAAGUGAAAUAUGCCAGCAGUUGUAUGAUACUAUCCGUUCGUAUAAGAAGGAAGAUGGUACCCUGUUGUGUGACUCAUUCAUCAGAGCACCAAAGCGGAGACAGGAGCCUCAGUAUUAUGAGGUUGUCUCACAGCCUAUUGAUUUGUUAAGAGUUCAACAAAAACUAAAAACGGACACUUAUGAAGAUAUAGAAGAAUUGUCUGCAGACAUAGAACUAUUGGUCAAGAAUGCGAAGGCAUUCUAUAAGCCAUCCUCCGAGGAGUAUAAGGAUGCAACCGAACUUUGGAAGUUGUAUACUAGAACAAGACAGACACUUGAACAAGGAGAAGAAAUGAAAACACCAAAGCUAUGUCGCACUGGAUCUUCUAGCAGACGUUCAGAUGUAGCCGAGGAUAUGUCUGAGACAUCGACAAACAAUGAAGAGGACAAUGUCUUUGAGGAGUUGUUUAACUCGGUAAUGACCGCAAGUCUAGACAGUCGUCCAUUAUACAAGGACUUCCAAUUUUUGCCGUCCAGGCGCCACUACCGGGAGUAUUACAAAGUGAUUGAGUCACCCAUAGACCUCAAGACAAUCGCUCAGAAGAUACAAGCCAGCGAGUACGCCACCCUGAACGACUUGGAAAAGGAUCUGCUGCAGAUGGUCAGGAAUGCUUGCCAGUUCAAUGAGCCGGGCAGUCAGAUAUAUAAAGAUGCCAAGGCCUUGAAAAAGAUAAUCCAAGUACGUAAACAAGACAUUGAACAGCAUGGACGUAGUGGGCCUCCGAAGUCCUCAGAGCGGAUCCGCAGCAAGCGGUGCACCAAAGUAGGACCCUUGCUGUCCAGCAGGACCCUGGCCAUCAUGGAGCCGCCGGGCUCUGACUCCGAGAUGGACGUUAAGCAUUCCGAGGACAGCGAGAGUGACGAAGACAAAAGUGAUAACAUAGACUCGAUGCAGUGGAAAUUGUUGGAAUCUGUGAAAAAUCAUCUUGGACCUAGCGGAACACCAAUGGCGCUGGCAUUCUGGAAGCUUCCAUCUCGCCGCGAGUAUCCGGAUUACUACAGGCAGAUCAAGAACCCGGUCUCAUUGAACCAGAUUAAAAACAAGAUACGUCGGGGGAGUUACGGCACGCUGUCGGAAGUCGCCGGUGACAUGAACAUUAUGUUCGAGAAUGCGAAACAAUACAACUUGCCCACGUCGAGACUGUACAAAUAUGCAGUGAAGUUGCAACGAUUAAUGCAACAACGGGUUCAAGAAUUAUUGGACAUAGUGCAAAGUUCAUCCAGCGAUGAUGAGAGUCUAUCAUCAGUGAAGAAUCAGUCGCAGAUCGCCACGCCCAGACCCAGAGGUCGUCCCCGAGUCAACCCACUACCCAACACAUCUUCACCGUCCCCACUCAUACUGAAGCCAAACACGCCGCUGAAGAAGAAGCUGCACUACAUAUCCAAGCAACUGAUGGAGUUCACGUGUUCUGAUGGAAGACAGCCCAUGUUACUCUUCAUGGAGAAGCCAAGCAAGAAGUUGUACCCCGAGUACUACAAUGUCAUAGACAAGCCCAUUGAUAUGUUGAUGAUUGAGGCUAACAUUAAGAACGACCGUUACGCGAGCAUAGAAGAGAUGGUGGCAGACUUUCGCCUGAUGUUCUCAAACUGCCGGCAAUUCAACGAGGAGGGCUCCAUGAUAUACGAAGACGCGACUCUUCUAGAACGAGUGCUCAAUGAGAAACUGAAGGAGUUGAACGUCAGCUAUGACAAGAGGCCUGCGCUGAAGACAUUUAAACCGGCGAAGUCUAGGCAGAUGUCACCCUUUGAGCAGAAGCUGAGGACUUUGUACGACGCUAUCAGAGACUAUAGGGACCCUAAAGCUAAUCGGCAACUCGCGCUAAUAUUCAUGAAGUUGCCAAGCAAAACGGAGUACCCCGAUUACUACGAGCUUAUCAAGAACCCUAUAGACAUGGAGCGGAUCGCACACAAGCUGAAGAACUCUGUGUACACGUCCGUCAACGAACUCGCUUCCGACUUCAUCCUGAUGUUCGACAACGCGUGCAAGUACAACGAGCCUGACUCACAGAUAUACAAGGACGCACUGAUCUUGCAACGCGUGUGUCUGCAGACCAAGCAGCUUUUACGUGAAGACGACGAUGCUGUACCAGACGUCCCGGCCGCUGUACAGGAACUGUUGCUGAACCUGUUUACUACCGUGUACAACCACCAGGAUGAAGAGGGCAGGUGCUACUCAGACAGUAUGGCGGAGCUUCCCGAACACGACGAACCGGCCAACGGAGAGAAGGUGCGCGCAAUAUCAUUGGACCUCGUCAAGAGACGACUCGACAAAGGCCUGUACAAGCGGCUCGAUCAUUUCCAGCAGGACAUGUUCGCUGUUUUUGAGAGAGCACGCCGUCUGUCGCGCACAGACAGCCAGAUAUUCGAAGACGCGGUGGAGCUUCAGGCGUACUACAUCGAGCAGCGCGACCUCCUGUGUCGGAACACCCUCAUAUCGCCCGCGCUCAACUUCACCAAGGACACCAUGACCACGUCAGUCGAGCUCAUCAAGCAGUGCAAGCUGCUGCAGGAGAACGAUGAAGAAGAUGAGACCAGAUCAAGCACAGACGAAUCUCUGCCAACGGGCGCGCCCCCUCAGACGCAGUACGGGAAGGGAGACUUCGUGUACAUCCAAGGAGAGAGGGGGGCGAAAGAACCCAAUAUUGUUCAGAUGGAGAGGCUGUUCACAAACGCAGACAACGUGCCAAUGAUGUAUGCCAACGUUUACUACAGGCCACACGAGACGUUCCACGUGCGCACGCGCAAGUUUCUUCAACAGGAAGUGUUCAAGACCGAGAUACACCGGAGCAUUCCGCUCGAGCACGUGGUGGGGCGGUGCUACGUGAUGAACGUCAAGGAAUACUUUAAGUUCAGGCCUGAAGGUUACCCGGAUAAGGACGUGUUUGUGUGCGAAAGUCGAUACAACUCGCGUCACCGCUGGUUCAAGAAGAUCAAAGUAUGGGAGGGCGCUGAGAAGGAAGCCACACUCGUACCCAGAUCGGUCCCGCUGGAACCGAGUCGAACAGUGUCUGUGUUCCGGGAGCGCGUGGAGAAACACAAGGACGAGCUCGCUGAACUAGAGAUACUGGAGAACGUUCAGGAGAAAGAGAGACCCGAUGUGGUGAUGUACAAUCCUCUGGGUACCGACGAUGAGAACACUUACUACGAGCAAUACAACACGGUGUGCUCGGGUGUGGUGAAGACAGGCGACUACGUGUACGUGGUGACAGACGGAGGCAAGCAGCUCAUCGCUCAGGUCGACACCAUCUGGGAGACGGGCGACAACAAAUGCUACUUCCGUGGGCCAUUCCUCAUAUUUCCGUCUGAAGUUGCGAAUGUAAUUAAUAAGCCAUUCUACAAACAGGAGGUGUUAUUGACCACUAUGCACGACACGAGCCCACUCGUGGGCAUCGUGGGCAAAUGUAGCGUGCUUGACUACGAUGACUAUCUCAAGUGUCGCCCGACGGAAAUAGCUGAGAACGACGUGUUCGUAUGUGAAUCACUCUACGACGAGUCCAACCGCAUCGCCAGGAAACUCAAGACGGGCUUGAGGAAGUUCGAGCACACCAAAGAUGUCACUGUUGAUGAGAUCUACUACUUCCCCAAACAGCUGGGUCCGCCCGCCCUCGCCACGGCGCAAGAAGUGCAGACCACGACUAGCGCCUUCACACACAAGACCUUCAACCCUACCAUCAACUCCGACUCUAUGGACGUAAAGCCGCAGUUUACGAAUCUGAUAAAUACGACGAUCGGCAACCAAGACGUUGAAAUGUUAUUGGAGAACUCGUUGGAUGACUCAUCGCUCGCUUCGCCUGCGACGCCGCUUUCCACUGGUGGUAACAGCAACCCUUACAACCCCUCGUUAGUACAAACCAGCAACCAGGAGAAGGUCACCAACCAGACUUCCACCCCGGCCAGCGGGAAGAAGAAGAAGGAACAAAAACAGAAGAUUGUCACUGGUUACAUUCUGUACUCGAGCGAGGUUCGGAAACCUAUCGUCGCCAAUAACCCCGAAUGCACUUUUGGUGAGAUUUCCCGAAUCGUGGGUAAUGAGUGGAGAUCGUUGCCCGCCGCCACCAAGCAGUGCUGGGAGGAGAGAGCUGCGCGCUGCAACGAGGAGACGGCUGCCAGGCUCGCGGAGGAGAUGAAGGAGAUAGCGCAGCACACCCCGAUGGAGAUGACGUUUGAGUGCGCGUGGGACACUUGCGACUAUCAGUUCGAGGAGGUCAGCGACUGUAUGGAGCACUGUAUCGGCGACGGGGGCAACAUGAUAGGAACGUUCAUUGAGAGUAAGAAGAGUAAGUUGGAACCGGGCCACGUGCAGCAACACUACCGCGGCAGCGGCGCCGGCGAGUACCCGUGCCUGUGGCGCAGCUGCGCGCGAGUGCGCAAGGGCCAGGCGCCCUUCCCCAACCUGCCGCGCCUGCUGCGCCACGUGCGCGACCUGCAUGUCAACAAGCACAACGGACGACUCGUCGCGGUGCACGAGCGCUCCCGAAACUUUGUGCCGAGCUCUAAGAAAGCGACGAAGAUCAUUACGACCACAGGGCUAAGGACGGGCGUCUUGUCGCCUGGAGCUGGCAUGUCUCCCAUGGCUCGUAGUACUCCAUCUCCGAGCACCGGCGACUCUGUGGGUGCAGGCGUGGUGGCAUCAGGCCGACCCGCCCUCGAGCCGCUGUUCGUGUCGGCGCCGCCGCGGGCACAACGAGUCACACACUCCGAGGCCUACAUCCGAUACAUUGAAGGACUCCACUCAGAACAGAAGUACAUAACGCCGUGGGAGAAAUCUCUCACUCCGCUCUCGAACAAUCCGGACCCGGCUCACUACAACGUCCAGAAGCUCCCGGCACACUGGAUCACGGAAGAUGCCAUCAGCGGGUAUAUCGCGCAAGACAAGACAAUCCCAGAUACGGAGGCGCAGAAGUUAGAUCAGAAUACGAAAAUAUUGAAAGGUCUCUGCUCUCUGAGGGACUUUAUGAUGAAGGAUGCCUUCUCUAUUUACAAGGCUUAUUCAUAAGUGUCAAGUUUGAUAUUAUAAUCAAAAUAAUAAAUAUAUGCCCUUUUUAAUCA